AUGGAGAGCCUGAGCAGCAGCCUGAAGAAGAAAGCCACGGAGCACCACUACAGGGCUGAGGUGAUGAUUGCUGGAGAGCAGCUAAGGCUCCGUCUCCACGAUGGGAAGCUGGUGAAGGACAGGCGGUACCACCUGCGGACGUACCCCAACUGCUUCGUGGCCAAGGAGCUCACGGACUGGCUCAUCGAGCACAAGGAAGCGCCCGACCGCGAGACCGCCAUCCGCCUCGUGCAGAAACUCAUGGAUCACUACAUCAUCCACCACGGUGUGUGGGCAUCCUGCCGCCCCCAGGUCUGUGACGAGCACUCGGAUUACAAGGAUGCCAAGCUGCUCUACCGCUUCCGCAAGGAUGACGGGACCUUCCCCCUCAGCAAGGACGUGAAGGUGUUCCUGCGAGGACAGAGCCUCUAUGAGAAGCUGGUGAGCGUGGAAGAGUCAAUCCUGAAGGUGAGGGAGGAGAACUCGGUGAAGUACCAGAGGACUUUCCUGGGCUCUGAGAUGAUCGACUGGCUCAUUCAGGAGGGAGAAGUGGAGAACAGGCAGGAAGCAGUGGAGCUGGGACGGGCACUGCUGGAGCACGGCAUCAUUCAGCAUGUCUCCAAUCGGCAUCACUUCUUUGACAGUGACAUCCUCUACCACUUCUGGAUCAACUUUCGGCGGCGGCGGCGGCUCACGGAGUUGCUCAAUGAGAAUUCUUCCCGUGCCCUCUCUGAGAGCCCUGACAGUCCCUUCUGCCUUCGCAAGCUCAACCCAGAGCCAGGCAACACCAGCUUCCUCUCUGUUCAGACCAACAAGGAGAUCAAAGUUGUCUCAGCAGUUCGAAGGAGCAGCAUCACUUCCCUCUCUGGAAACUCCAACACCUAUUUCACUGCUCCUCCUACCUUGGUAUUCCCUCCUGUGGCUGAGUGCAACCCCAAAUCAGUGUUAAAGAGACCCGUCACCAACGAAGAGCUGCUGUCCCCUGGGGCCCCUUAUGUCAAGAAAACACUGACUAUUGUGGGGGAUGCAGUGGGCUGGGGGUUUGUGGUUCGAGGGGGAAGACCUUGCCACAUCCAGGCAGUGGAUCCAGGAGGACCUGCUGCUGCUGCAGGGAUGAAGGUGUGCCAGUUUGUUUUCUCAGUGAAUGGGGUGUACGUUCUGCAUCUGGACUACCAGACCAUCAGCAGCCUCAUCAUGACAGGACCACGGACUCUGGUGAUGGAAGUCAUGGAAGCCAUUGAAUGA